CUCUUCAUUCAUUCUUCUCAGUAUUUCCGCUCUCUCUAGGGUGUAGACUAAGACCCAUCGACGGCGGAUUAAAAGUCGAUUUUCUGCCCAAAAGUCGAGUCUUGAUCGAGGAUCUAACAGAGACGUUGAACAAAUGAAGAUUUUUGUCAAGACUUUGAAGGGUACCCACUUCGAAAUCGAAGUGAAGCCUGAAGAUACGAUUGUUGAUGUCAAGCAAUAUAUAGAAUCUGCACAAGGAGCAGGGGUGUAUCCUGCAGCCCAGCAGAUGCUUAUUCAUCAAGGGAAGGUUCUUAAGGAUGGGACAACUUUGGAAGAAAAUAAGGUUGCUGAAAACAGUUUUGUUGUUAUCAUGUUGUCAAAGACAAAGAACUCCUCUAGUGGAAGUUCAGCACCAUCUACCAAUUCCACAGUUACGGCACCACCUGCUCCUGCAGCUUCACAACCUCCUGCAGUAUCUGUCACUCCGCCUGUUUCCAAUGAUUCUGCUCCACUGUCUAUAAUACCUACCAAUUCUGUUCCUGCUGUGGGGUCAGAGUCUGACGUUUAUGGUCAGGCAACAUCAAAUCAUGCUGCGAAUGCCCUUGAGGGAACAGUCCAGCAAAUUCUUGACAUGGGUGGUGGGACUUGGGACAGAGAUACUGUUCUUCGAGCUCUUCGUGCUGCUUUUAAUAACCCUGAAAGGGCUGUUGAAUAUUUGUAUGCUGGUAUUCCGGAGCAAGCUGAGAUCCCACCUCUGGCUCAAGACCCAGCCACUGGAGCUGCUGCAAAUCCUUCUGUUCAGCCUCCACUAGAAGCAGCAGCACCAGUUUUCUCGAGUGGGCCGAAUGCAAAUCCAUUAGACCUAUUUCCUCAGGGUCUGCCGAACAUUGGAUCCAAUACAGCUGGUGCUGGCUCUCUGGAUUUCCUAAGUAACAGUCAACAAUUCCAAGCUUUACGAGCAAUGGUGCAGGCGAAUCCACAAAUAUUGCAGCCAAUGCUUCAAGAGCUAGGGAAGCAAAAUCCACAUUUGAUGAGGCUUAUUGAGGAGCAUCAGGGUGAUUUUCUUCGUUUGAUCAAUGAACCCAUUGAAGGAGGAGAAGGGAAUAUGCUGAACCAGCUUGCUGGAGCCGAGCCUGAGGGCGUAACUGUUACUCCCGAGGAACGUGAAGCCAUUGAACGUCUUGAAGCUAUGGGUUUUGAUAGUGCGCUUGUGCUAGAGGUGUUCUUUGCAUGCAAUAAGAACGAGGAACUUGCUGCUAACUACCUUUUGGACCACAUGCAUGAGUUUGAAGAUUAAUAAUUUAUAUUGAGAACAUGGUUCGGAGUACCACACUCCUUCCAUAUUCUUUUUUAUAUAUGCAAUACUUCCCGAAUGUUUAGACUAUCUGGAUCUGAGUUUGGGUCUGGAUCUCUAAUUUAUCGACUCUUCUGGUAUUUGCAUGUAUACUCCUUCCUUCAAUCCAUAGAGAGAUUUUGGAUUUCUAAAAUGUUGAAUAUUGCAGGAAGAAAAGACAUUCAGUAUUGCCUUUUCAGAAAUGUUGGUUUUAGUUGGCUUUUAUUUAAUUAUAAAUGGGUUCUUAUUUAGUGA